AAAAGCAGGCGUGUCCAUCUAGCUCUGAACUUGAUACCUGCGGUGGAGUUACAAGGUUAAACAAAUGGGGUGGAUUUUUUUUUUCUUUUAAAGGCUGAACAUUGCACUUCACAAAAGGUCUUUCCCCCUCCCCUGGUGCAUUUUUAGGCUGCAUGCGCUCCUGCCUGUCUUCUACUCGGUCCCGGCUGAAGAUUUCAAGGAAGAUGAGAGCUCUAUUUUGCUUCUCCCUUGUAUUGCAGAUAGGGGGAGGAGGUGGUUAUUAGAGGGGAGCCCCCCCCCCCUCGCUUUUUCUCCCUCUCUCUAGCUGAUAACACUAUUUCUCGCUCGUUCUCCUCCUCCCAGGUGAUCCAUUUCUAGGCAACGUGCUGGCUGGUGCUGGAGCUGCCAGCUCUCUCUGCAUCCCAGCAGCAAAGCGAGCUCUAAAGCAUCCUGCGGACCAUCAGCGGCUUCCCUCUGCUUUGCUCCAGGCACUGCUUCUCUGUCUCCUGCCCUGUCCAACCACUACCUUGCGCGACAGACACAGCACGCUGGGCUUGAUUUGCAGAUUUCUCCACCAGUUGUGGGAAGCAAUUUUUAAGCAGGGGGUGGGGGAAAAUCUCUGCAUUACUAUCUGCAUUACCUUGAAGUUCACUUUGUUUUUUGGCCUGGGGGGGCUUUUCCUGCAGGAAUCUGGCUUCUAGAACCGGGAUUUCCUCUUUACUUGAUUCCCCGCUCCUCCUCCUCCUCCUUCCUCACUGAAGGCGAGUUAUUUGCUGCGGGCUCCCGGGGUUUGGGGCUGCCGGGCCAAGAGGGUUUUUUGUGUGUGUGUGUAUGUGUGUGCGCGCGCGGUGUGUGUGUGUGUGGUGGGUUGGAAGUUGUUGUGCAGGAGCCGGGACUGAGCGGAUCCCUGGACCCUGCGGAAGGAUGGAGAUGGUCUGACGAAGAGAGGCGACUGCUGCCCAGAGAAGCAACCGGGCUGGAUGGAUUCGCUGCCCGAACUAACAGCAGCUGUGGUCGUGAUGCCCAGAAGCCCCCCGAAGUAACGCGGGGCUCUCGCAAAGGAGAGGGGCGCCCCAAACCCUGGGCUCUCCCCCCUCAGCAGCUGUACACAGGCAAUCGGGAUUUAAACACUGUUCCGGCAUCUCCAACUCUUGGGCUUGCUGCGCUGUCCUUCGUUAUCCUCCUUGUAAAAAGAGAUCUGCUGCUCUUUCUUUAAAGACAACAACAAAAACCUUAAGCCCCAGGAGGACAUGGAAGUUUUCUCUCUCAUUUUGGUUGUGGCCGUCUGUUGGACUCGAACCUGGGAACCGGCGACUGCAGAUUCAAUCAUACAUAUAGGGGCAAUUUUUGAUGAAUCUGCCAAAAAGGAUGAGGAGGUGUUUCGUAUGGCAGUUGCUGACCUCAACCAGAAUGAUGAAAUCUUACAGACGGAGAAAAUCACAUGUUCUGUGACAUUUGUGGAUGGCAACAACCCAUUUCAGGCAGUUCAAGAAGCAUGCGACCUUAUGAACCAAGGCAUCCUGGCCCUUGUCAGCUCCAUUGGCUGUACGUCAGCGGGAUCCCUACAGUCCUUGGCAGAUGCCAUGCACAUCCCUCACCUCUUCAUCCAGCGUUCAACAGCUGGGACUCCAAGAAGUGGCUGUGGCCUCACCAGGAGCAAUCGAAAUGAUGACUACACACUGUCUGUCCGCCCACCCGUCUAUCUAAACGAUGUUAUAUUGAGGGUGGUUACGGAAUACGCCUGGCAGAAGUUCAUUGUUUUCUAUGAUAACGAGUAUGAUAUCCGUGGAAUACAAGAAUUUUUGGACAAAGUAUCUCAGCAGGGAAUGGAUGUAGCACUGCAGAAGGUAGAGAAUAACAUCAAUAAAAUGAUCACAGGACUCUUUGCCACCAUGCGAAUAGAAGAACUGAACCGCUACCGGGACACACUGAGACGGGCCAUUCUUGUAAUGAAUGCAUCGACAGCCAAGUCCUUCAUUACAGAGGUCGUGGAGACUAAUUUGGUUGCUUUUGACUGUCACUGGAUCAUUAUAAAUGAGGAAAUAAAUGAUGUGGAUGUGCAGGAGCUAGUGAGAAGGUCAAUUGGAAGGUUAACAAUUAUUCGACAGACAUUUCCAGUCCCACAGAACAGCAGUCAACGCUGUUUCCGUGGCAACCACAGAAUAUCUUCAUCACUGUGUGAUCCUAAGGACCCCUUCUCCCAGAACAUGGAGAUUUCAAACCUCUACAUAUAUGACACUGUGCUUUUGUUGGCUAAUGCAUUUCAUAAGAAGCUGGAGGACCGGAAGUGGCAUAGCAUGGCUAGCCUGACUUGUAUCAGAAAGAAUUCCAAACCUUGGCAAGGAGGGCGAUCCAUGCUGGAUACCAUCAAGAAGGGUGGAGUGAAUGGCUUGACUGGAGAACUGGAAUUUGCUGAAAAUGGGGGGAAUCCAAAUGUCCAUUUUGAAAUUCUAGGGACCAAUUAUGGAGAAGAUCUUGGCAGAGGCAUCCGCAAGCUUGGCUGCUGGAAUCCUCUCACAGGUCUGAAUGGGUCACUAACAGACAGAAAGCUGGAGAAUAACAUGCGUGGGGUGGUUCUGCGUGUGGUGACUGUGCUGGAGGAGCCAUUUGUGAUGGUGUCCGAAAAUGUUUUGGGAAAACCGAAGAAAUACCAGGGUUUCUCAGUAGAUGUCUUGGAAGCCUUAGCUAAUUACCUUGGCUUUAAGUAUGAAAUUUAUGUUGCACCGGAUCACAAGUAUGGAAGCCCCCAGGAGGAUGGGUCAUGGAAUGGACUGAUUGGAGAACUGGUAUUUAAGAGAGCCGACAUAGGGAUUUCUGCUUUAACCAUUACCCCUGAUCGGGAAAAUGUGGUAGAUUUCACAACCCGUUACAUGGACUACUCAGUGGGUGUGCUGCUUCGAAAGGCUGAGAAGACAAUGGACAUGUUUGCCUGCUUGGCACCAUUUGACCUCUCCCUGUGGGCCUGCAUAGCUGGCACUGUGCUUCUGGUAGGACUACUGGUCUACCUCUUGAACUGGCUCAACCCACCACGCCUGCAGAUGGGAUCAAUGACUUCUACAACACUGUACAACUCCAUGUGGUUCGUUUAUGGAUCCUUUGUGCAGCAAGGAGGAGAAGUUCCAUAUACAACACUGGCAACCCGAAUGAUGAUGGGCGCCUGGUGGCUUUUUGCUUUGAUUGUCAUCUCAUCUUAUACAGCAAAUCUAGCAGCUUUUCUCACAAUCACUCGCAUUGAGAACUCCAUCCAGUCUCUCCAGGAUCUCUCCAAGCAGACGGAUAUUCCUUAUGGCACUGUCCUGGACUCUGCAGUCUAUGAGCAUGUUCGAGUGAAGGGGAUGAAUCCUUUUGAGAGGGACAGCAUGUAUUCUCAAAUGUGGCGGAUGAUUAACAGAAGUAACGGCUCAGAGAAUAAUGUGCUGGAGUCACCAACAGGCAUUCAGAAGGUGAAAUAUGGGAACUAUGCCUUUGUGUGGGAUGCAGCAGUACUGGAAUACGUGGCCAUCAAUGACCCAGACUGCUCCUUUUACACAGUUGGGAACACUGUCGCAGACAGGGGAUAUGGAAUUGCACUCCAGCAUGGCAGCCCCUACAGAGAUGUCUUCUCGCAAAGGAUUUUAGAACUUCAGCAAAAUGGAGACAUGGAUAUACUGAAGCAUAAGUGGUGGCCGAAGAAUGGUCAGUGUGACCUAUACUCAUCAGUGGAUACCAAACAGAAAGGAGGUGCCCUGGACAUAAAGAGCUUUGCAGGGGUGUUUUGUAUCCUGGCUGCUGGGAUUGUCCUCUCCUGUUUCAUUGCAAUGCUGGAAACAUGGUGGAAUAAAAGGAAAGGCUCCCGGGUUCCUUCAAAAGAGGAUGACAAGGAAAUUGACCUGGAACAUCUUCACAGACGUGUUAACAGCCUGUGCACAGAUGACGACAGCCCCCAUAAACAGUUUUCCACCUCGUCAAUUGAUUUGACCCCGCUGGACAUUGACACUUUGCCCACACGCCAAGCACUGGAGCAAAUCAGUGACUUCAGGAACACUCAUAUCACCACAACAACCUUCAUACCAGAACAGAUCCAGACUCUUAGCCGUACGCUGUCAGCUAAAGCCGCUUCUGGUUUCUCCUUUGGCAACAUGCCUGAGCACCGAACUGGCCCUUUUAGGCACAGGGCACCUAAUGGGGGCUUUUUCAGAAGUCCUAUCAAAACAAUGUCGUCUAUCCCAUACCAACCAACUCCUACUCUGGGGCUCAAUAUCGGUAAUGACCCAGACCGAGGCACCUCCAUAUGAGCUUCAGACCAAGUUUCUUCAUUGUUUCUUUUUAGGACUCCCUUUGCAAGGAGCAGCUGUAAUAUUGUGGGACUAACAUGGAUGUAACUUUUAAAAAAAAAAAAUCAGGAUUCUUAGUAACAACUCACUAUUUCUCCUUCUGUCCCCUGCUUUCUCUGUCUCCUCCUCGCUCUUCUCUUGUCACCUGUUUCUUUAAAAAAAAAAAAAAAAAAAAGAAA